GGAAGUAGGGAAGGCAGAGAGCCCGAGUGUGCCGGGGACUAUGCGGCUGCUGUUGCUGACGCCUCUGCGAGCCGGGACGGGAAACGCCACGACGGGGAGGAGGAUCCAAGGUCAUCUAGAAGCAGGCGGCCAUGAGUGCAUCAUCCGGGAUACUUCAGACUACGAGUCCCCGCUGGUGGUUGCGGAUCUUAUCUCUUCGAAGAACUUCGAAGCCGCUCUCGGCAUCCAUGUUUAUAAAGCUGGCAGACUUCUCCAAGGGAGCAGAGUCCCUUUUGGCAUCAUCUUUGGCGGGACAGAUGUCAACGAAGACGCCAAGUGCGACGAGAAGUCCCGGGUGAUGGCGGCCAUCUUGGAUGAAGCCAGGUUUGCUGUCUCUUUCACGGAGGCCAUGAAGGAAACGGCUGCUGCAUGCUGGCCUCACAUCAGGAGCAAAAUACAUGUCCAAAGUCAAGGGAUCGUGACUGUCCACAAUGCGGCUUUUAACUGGAAGAAAUUUCUGCAGAGUGCAGAUAUUCUCCAGGACAGCACCAACCUGCAUCUCUUUCUUUUGAUAUGCGGCCUGAGAAGAGUCAAAGAUCCGCUGUAUUUAGUGGACGCUUUUUCAGAUUGGCACCAAAAGGAAAGAACUGUACAUCUGGUUAUCAUUGGGCCUGCAGUCGAUCCAGUGUUUGCAGAGGAAGUGAAGGAGAAAGUUCAAAGGGCGGAUGGAGUGCAUUUGCUACCGGCGAUACCGCAGGAGGAUCUCCACGCUAUUACGAGAAACUGCUUUGCUGUGGUGAACAGCUCCGUCUCGGAGGGGAUGUCGGCUGCGAUCUUAGAGGCAAUGGAUCUAAAAGUUCCAGUACUGGCGAGAAAUAUCCCCGGGAAUGCUGCAAUAAUCACACAUAAAGCUACAGGAUUGUUAUAUUCAAGCCCUCAGGAAUUCAUUCAGUUGUCCCAAAGUCUGAUCGACGAUCCGUCUCUGAAGAGAGAGCUUGUGGCCCGGGCGAAGGAGUACAUCACCCAGCACCAUUCGUGGGAUCAGGAAAGGGAAGCCUAUCAAAACCUCGUACUGAAACUUCAGUGAAUUGCUUUGAAUCCAGGAUGGGCCUGGUGUGGAUG